UGAGUCAGAAAACAUAAUGAACAAAAUAUGAACUUCCUCUUUAUCAUUUACUUAGUCAAAAAAAACUUUUACUGUACUAUGUUAGUUCAGCUCAAGACUGCUGUGCGGAUAAAUCAGAAGUGAGUACUGGUCCAGUUCUGUUUGAAUUUUUCUAGGAGCAUCUGCAGGAGACGACAGUAUGACACACAGAGGUCGUGGUGUUGGUAAUGUACAGAAUCCAGAAGGAAAUGAACAUGACAGACUGAUACACCCAAAUGAUAUAAACGCACAACAAGCGCAUCUGACAGAAAGGAUUCAAAUUCCAGAAGUAGCAACACCAGGGUUCAGUUUUCGAAAGCUAUGGGCUUUCACGGGUCCAGGAUUCCUUAUGAGCAUUGCCUUCUUAGAUCCAGGAAACAUCGAGUCAGAUCUGCAGUCAGGUGCUGCUGCUGGAUUCAAGCUUCUCUGGGUCCUGCUCUCAUCUACAUUCCUUGGUCUUUUGUGUCAAAGGUUGGCUGCACGACUGGGAGUUGUUACUGGACUGCAUCUAGCAGAGAUCUGUUACCUUUAUUAUCAAAAGGUCCCACGUAUUCUUGUUUGGAUAAUGAUGGAAAUUGCGAUCAUUGGUUCUGACAUGCAAGAAGUCAUUGGCACUGCCAUCGCUUUUAACCUCCUAUCUGUGGGAUGGAUUCCACUUUGGGGAGGUGUCUUGAUCACCAUUAUAGACACGCUGCUAUUCCUGUUUCUUGACAAUUAUGGUCUCCGGAAGUUGGAAGCAUUUUUUGCCCUGCUUAUCACUAUUAUGGCUGUGACAUUUGGCUAUGAGUAUGUGGUUGUAAGGCCAAAUCAAGCAGAACUCGUGAAGGGGCUCUUCUUUCCUUACUGUGCUGGGUGUGGUAGGGAUGAACUUCUACAAGCUGUGGGAAUCAUUGGUGCAAUCAUAAUGCCUCAUAAUAUCUACCUCCAUUCUGCACUGGUCAAGACCAGGAAAAUAGAUCGUUCCAGGAGACAAGACGUGAGUGAAGCAAAUAUGUAUUUUUUCAUUGAAUCUGCCAUCGCAUUAUUUGUCUCCCUCAUUAUCAACCUCUUUGUCAUGGCAGUCUUUGCAGAGGCCUUCUACCAGAAAACAAAUGAGCAUGUGCAUGAGGUUUGUGCCAACAGCAGCAUCCCAAAUCCUGGUUUGUUUCCUAUGAACAAUGAGACGAUCUCCGUUAACAUCUACAAAGGGGGUGUUGUCCUGGGGUGCUUUUUUGGCUCUGCAGCUCUCUACAUCUGGGCUAUUGGAAUCCUUGCAGCAGGACAGAGCUCCACCAUGACAGGGACUUAUGCAGGGCAGUUUGUCAUGGAGGGUUUUCUAAAUUUAACAUGGUCUCGCUUUAAGAGAGUACUGCUUACUCGAUCAUGUGCAAUCGUGCCAACCAUCCUUGUUGCUACUCUGCAGGAUCUAACUCACUUGACAGAAAUGAAUGACUUACUCAAUGUUCUACAAAGCAUUCUGCUUCCAUUUGCUCUUCUACCAAUUCUGACUUUCACAAGUAUGCCGAACGUGAUGCAUGAAUUUGCAAAUGGAAUUGUUGGGAAGAUUAUUGGUGCGCUGAUAACAGCCCUGAUUUGUGCUGUCAACCUGUACUUUGUAGUUGAUUUUAUUUCAGGAGUGAGCAAUAACCUUUACUACAUUCCCAUCUCCAUUGGAAUAGCUGCCUAUGUGGUUUUUACAGGUUACCUGCUCUGGAUAUGUCUGAUAGCCCAUGGAGCAACAUUCCUCAGCUGUGGGGUGCAAACAAGACUGGAUUAUAAAAUACUGUAUUGAAACCACUUAAGCACCUUACUGGUUUACUGAAUACCAGGAGUUCCACCUACCAUAAUGUUACAAAGAUGUCAUUUUUAUUGCAGUGCUAUUUCCCAUGCAGCUCUUACAUUCAUCUUCUUAUCAUCCCCUAUUUGAGUACUUUGCCUUGCUUAUGAUGUCACAGAUCAGUUCGUCUUUCUGUUACUGUCUUCAGAAAAGCUGGGCCUAUAUGACUUUUGUUUACUUCCUGAUAUGUUGACCAACAUAUUUAGCAUAGGUUUCAAGACAACUUCCUCUUGGAUAAAGUUAUUGCUAAUGUUAUAAAGUCAGUAUUAUUCACAUUAAACUAGUAUUUUCUAGGUGAGUCAUAGCACUUGUGCAAUAUUUUAACAUCAGUUUACAAAUAUGAUGUCUGACAUGAUGUGUACUACAGAGAUGAAAAUACCAUCCACUGCUUACUCCAGAAUGUUGGGUUUGUGUUUGCAUGUCCCAAUGUAGCACACAGCCAUGACGUCUAGAGAUACUCCCCAUAAUCUGACAUCAGAGAUCCCAGAUGUUCUGUGUCUUUAAAGAAAGCACCUGUGAUCUGACUUUUUCUGCACUUAAAUCCUUCACUGAAGACAUGCAGGAUACAACUCGGCUGGAUUAAUUUAUGGUUGGAAAACUGGAAAUGUAGCUAGAGAGAGGGAUGUGUACUUGACCAGGAAAGUAAUAAUAAGAAAGCAUUUGAAAAGUAAAUUGAUAUCAGUAUGACUCUUAAUAUUGAGAUUUUUAAGUGUUCACCAUUCAUUCAAAGAAUUUCAUUAACCAUGAAAAUGACUCAUCAUAAAAUACACUAAACCUGUCUUGGUGCAGGUCCAUAAUAUUAGUUUUACAUUUAUACUCAAUGUUGUAAUAUCAGAUAGUUUCAGUUUGUAGCUAUGUCUGCAUCAUACCAUGGAUGAUGGCUUAAUCCUUUGGAAAAACUUGAGAAAUCUUUGCACAGAAAUAUUUUAUACUGUUCUUUACCAGGUUCCCAUUGCUUUACCUUUACUGUUUCAAAAAUGUAAAAUAUGGAACUAUUUGUCCAUUUUCUUGUCAGCCUGUACUGUCUUACUUAUCAUCACAAACAUUGUACAUUAUAGUGAAGUAUACUUACCUGGUCAAUAAAAGCAAAAUUAUAA